AUGCUAGAGCCUGACCUGUGUUCCUCUCGGGUCUUAUUGCCUUUUCGUGAUGAAAGUGGUGAUGAAGAUCUCUCUGUUCUUCCUAGGCACACCAAAGUUAUAGUGACAGGAAAUAACAGAACGAAGUCUGUUUUGGUGGGUCUGCAAGGCGUUGUCAAGAAAGCUGUUGGACUUGGUGGUUGGCAUUGGCUGGUCUUAAAGAAUGGGGAUGAAGUGAAGCUGCAAAGGAAUGCUUUGAGUGUGCUGGAACCUCCAACUGGGAAUGAAGAUGACGAAGAUUACGAUUUUGAUAUCUCUAGCAGUGGCUCUGACAUUUGUGAAAAGGACAACGAUUACACCACUGGCUUUGAGUUCAGCAAACUGAGCAAGGCUAGAGUUCGGUAUACAAAGCCAUGGUUUCCGUCUGCAUCAGCAAAGCCCAUGAAUCGCAUCAAUUGCAAAGAAGUUCAGUCUAGCUUUCGCAAACCUCAACUGAGAGUGAACUUGGCAAAACUAGGGACAAGCACAUUGUGGAGAUAUUGGAGAAGCUUUAACCUCGGAACCAUUUGUCCUCAUCCUACGAAGGAACAAAUGGUUAAUGCUGUUGAGCAUCAUUUCACUUCACUGCAACUGGACGAGGUACAAGUGGUCGUGGAAUUCAUCCGUGCAGCCAAGAGACUUAAAUCAGUUCCUUCACAUUGA